AUGACCCUGCUGACGCGACUGUUUCCAGACGCCCUCCUCGCUGAGCUCAAAGCUGUCCCCAUCAUCAUCCACGAAGUCACGCUCUACCGCGACUGGGCCAGCGUGUCAUCAUCUUCUUGCUCCCACAGCUCCCAUCUCUGGGAUCUCCUGACCUCGUCCCGCAACUUCCUGAACUACGUUCUCAACAUCCCGAGGGCAGCACGGAUCAACCUCCCCUCCACAUUCUUCAACCUCCUCCCCUAUGCGCUGAUCGUCCUCUCGACAGUCGCCCGCCUGCCCUCCACAAUCGGAUGGGAUAGCGUGAUCGCGAAACGCGAAGCCGACGCCACCACCUUCGGCCUGCAAAUCAAAGCCAAGUUCGGGGACGAACUCACGAAGACGAGCCCCGAAGCGAGCAUCGAACAAAGGGAUGUGUGGCAGUACUUUUCGCGCGGCAUAGGCGGACUGAUCGCGUGGCACCAACGGUACGAGGCGCCAAGCAGUACACGGGAAGCCGGCCUCGAGGUUCCCUUGAGCUCGUCGUCCGGGGGGGUGAAGUGUGGUGUGGCGGACACGUUGAGCGCUUUCUCGUCCAUGGGGGUUCGCAAACACUCGCCCUUGAACUUCGGGAACGUGGUCCAGGAGCAGAUGACUACCAACGCGGCAGGUGGCUAUGAUGAAGCCAGGGGCGAGACACAGCCAGACAUUCUAAUGCCCCUGUGGGACGACGAGGCAUGGCAGUCGAUUGUGGAUGACUUUUCCAUGUUCCCUACCCCAGCCGGAUUCCUCUUCGGACAGUAA